GGCAUCUGUCUAGAUCAAGUAUCAGCAAUUUCUGCAGCAUAGUUUUCUGUUAUUUGCUGACUCUAUUGUACACAUCAAACCUGUAAGUCCUCCAACAUCUAGUCCCAAAAUUGUGAUUCUAUCUUGAUUUUUGUUUGUUGGUAUGGUGCACUGUUCUGACUCUGACCAACUAGUCUAAAAUCCGUCCCUACUGAGAGGUCUCAACUUGCAGUCCUGUUGUUGCAACUGUAGUACAUAAAUAUAUUCUUCAUCAUCUCAUAAUCUUGAUAUCCAGCAAGAAUCUGUUGAAAUCAUGAAGCAAAGGGAAGGCAAAAGUGUAGCUGAUGGAAAAAAGUCAAAGAAGAUCGCUCCAGCACCUCCACCACCACCACCAACGUCGAGGUUUCUUCUUAGCAGAAAAGUGACAACACCAAGCCAUACCAAACAGGAGAUUGCUAAGUAUUGGAAGCAAAAGCGCAAGACUGAAGAAGACCACUUCCUUGAUGCCAUCAAGGCUGCAGCCAGAAUCAGGGCGCGCAAUCUCUCGGCGGAGGAAUACAAAUACUUUGUGUAUUCCUUGAAGGUGGAUGAUGAUGACAUGGAGAACGAAAUGGUACCUAAGAACAUCUCCGAAAUCAAUGAGAACAUGAAGGAGAAGAGAGUUGGUAUAAAGGACUGGUGGACAAAGAGCAAAUAUGCAUAUCUAAACCAGCCUGCACUGAAGUCCAUGGAACGCCACGGUUCCACUUAUAUUCCGCAACUAUAUUGCUACAAGGCUCCACCUCCACCAGUCACAAGCACCUUUGGGAUCUUCUAGCCAAUUCAUGAUGCCGUUCACGCACACAAGUCAUGUUUCAUGUAUGUUUGUAUAUUGUGCUUGUAUAUAUAUCAUUGUUUGCUCAAGUGUGUGAUACUCAAAGGAAGUAUCAUAUUUAUGAUCAUUGAAGUUAUUGUAUUGGGGUUGUGAACUACUCUGCUGCACCUGUGGUAGAAAUUACUGUUAAUAAAUAAUGGUUCUAUUAUUGUAGA